AAAAAAGACUGUAGUGAGUUGUCUUCUUACGAUUAUGCUGUGGAUGUUAAAAGUCGUACUGUGCGUACAUUAAACUAAUAAUCAGUGUGUUAUGGCUGAUAUUCUAGGAGUCGUUUUCAGACGGUUCGCGUCAAGAACGCGAGAUUUAAUAUUUCCCUCUGAUAUAGAAGGCAACACGCUGGUGCUCGGGGAUGUAAAUAUCAGCAGGUCUGUGCUGUUUCUGGCAGCGGUCACAGCUGCCACUGAUUUGGGCCUCAAAGUGCUGUUUUUCACACAGGGUCCUUUUCAGUCUCUACCGGUGUCUCUGAGGGCUUCCGUGCCUGGACUCAAACUAGAGAGUCUCAAGAACGUGAGGUUUGUGUAUGCGAAGACUCUGGAGGAUCUUCUGGAGGACGUGGCGUCUCUUCAUCAGCUGGCGUCUGAAGCCGCGUCUCUUCCGUCUUUGAUUAUAGUGGACGCUCUGGACCAGUAUCUUCAAGCGGGACCUCAACAGGAUGACCUGAGCCCCGUAGCACACAUUGCAGCCCUCCUGCAUGACACGGCAGCGUUUCUGACACAGAUCCAGCAGAGCAGAGCAGGCGGACAGGGCCUGUGCAGAGUCAUGCUGUCCUGUCAGGCAGAGGGUGAAGGCCGUGGGGAAUCAGCGGAAAUCCUCCUGUCUGUUCUGGACCGGUAUCUCCAGGUAAGGUGCACACUGGAGGAGGUGACGGGACAGAUGGGUCAGAGCGAGUGGCAAGUGUAUCUGUCCUUCACGAGUCCUGCACCGGCUGUCCAGGGUCAGCAGUGGCACAUGAUGCUGCAGGCAAGCGGAGCUGUGGAGUUUCGUCCAGUCAGCGCUGGAGAACAAGCUAUUCUAGAGCAAACACAACUGAGGGAUGUGAAGAGGGAAAGUAAAGCAUCAUAGUCCAGAAAUUCCCAUUUUCAGGUUUUUGUUCAAAAGGACAAACUUGAAUGAUAAGAACAUUAACUCAUUGUUCUUGACUUAAAAAAAACAAAGAAGUUUAUCAGUCAGCCAUACACGCAGUGCAGAAUACAUGUACUGCAUAUACUGUUGGCAAUGGGAAAUGUACAGUUUAAUGUUUAAAGUUUGCAGUAUUGUAAAAAGUGUCAGCGUUUAUGUUAUAAUUCAGCUGCAAGUUGUUUUUUUUAAUAUACAAGUUACAGACUUAUUUAUUUUUGAUUGUGUUGUAGUUUCUAAAAGGCUUUGCAUUAUCAUAAACUCC